ACAAGCACACCCAAUGCGCAGUUGUUUACCUCGCCCACUUUUUGUUUACUUGUCGCGUUUCCGAAAACAAAAUCCCAAAGUUUUCGAAAAACUCACCAUAAAGUGGGAUUUGACUAAUCUGAAACUGAAUUUAAGUUUUUCUUGCAGAUGACUGAGGCCGACACCGGCGAGUUGCUUUUUUGCUUACCUAGCUCUCCCGACGGUGCCUUUGAUCGAUCGGACGCCCGGACAGCACUAAAAUGAAAAUGGCUGACUCGCCGCUAGCACAUUUGGAGCAUUCGCCGCACUCGCGCAAGCGGGUCACCUACUUUUACAGCCCUGAAGUGGGCAACUUCCACUACGGGCCCGGACACCCGAUGAAGCCUCACAGAAUGUCGGUGACCAACAGCCUGGUGCUCAACUAUGGUCUGCACAAGAAGAUGACCAUGUACCGACCCUACAAGGCCAGCGUGCACGACAUGUGUCGGUUCCACUCGGAGGACUACAUCGAUUUCUUACAGAAGGCGACGCCGAGCAUGAUGCAGAAUACGAGCACCAAGUAUAUGAACAAUUACAACGUGGGUGACGACUGUCCCAUUUUCGACGGCCUCUUCGAGUUCUGCUCGCUCUACACGGGCGCCUCGUUGGACGGUGCCACUCGUUUGAACAACCGUACCUCGGACAUUUGUAUAAACUGGUCUGGAGGCUUGCACCACGCCAAGAAGUUUGAGGCGUCUGGCUUUUGUUAUGUCAACGAUAUUGUGAUCGCCAUCCUCGAACUGCUUAAGUUUUACUCCCGUGUUCUCUACAUAGAUAUUGAUGUGCACCACGGGGAUGGGGUCCAGGAAGCUUUUUAUCUCACGGACCGAGUGAUGACUGUUUCUUUCCACAAGUACGGAAACGGAUUUUUCCCUGCCACAGGAGACAUGUACGAGAUUGGCUAUGAGAACGGCCGAUAUUAUUCUGUAAAUGUUCCUCUCAGGGAGGGGAUAGACGACGCGAGCUACCUGCCCGUUUUCAAACCUGUAAUUCAGUCGGUGAUGGAGUACUACAAUCCGACCGCUAUCGUCCUGCAAUGUGGCGCAGAUUCACUUGCGAAUGACCGCCUGGGAUGCUUUUCACUGACCACCAAAGGCCAUGGAGAGUGUGUCCGGUUUGUGCGCGACCUGAACGUCCCUUUGCUGACCUUGGGUGGGGGUGGAUACACCUUGAGAAACGUGGCCAGGGCUUGGACUUACGAAACGUCCCUACUGUGCUACGAGCCUGUCAUCGACGACAUUCCGUACAGCGAGUACUUUGAGUACUUUGGACCUGAUUUCACUCUGCACCCGGAAAUGGUGUCCCGCAUCGACAACGCCAACCCAAAGGGCUACCUUGAAUUGAUCACCAAGCACGUUAUUGAUAACCUGAAGAUGCUGCAAGGGGCACCUUCUGUGCAGAUGCAGGAUGUGCCGCCUUCCUUUUUGGAUCCUGAGAGAGAUGGCAUCGCUAUGGAUGCGAUGGACCCUGAUUCAAAGAUGGACGAAGACAAAAUCGUCGACGCUCCAAACGAGUUUUACGACGGUGACAGGGACAACGACAAGGACGAGGCUGGAUCUCCGGUGGUGGCCAACCUGAUGAUCGCUGAGCCGUCGCCGUCGACAACCCCGACGCCGGCGCCCACCCCUCCGUCCUCACAGUUGCAGCCAGCAAAUCCUGCGACGUCGUCAACCCCGACCCCUGCAAGUCAGCCGGCCGCCAGCACAUAGCAGGCUCUGAUGGCGAGGCAAAGCAGCCUGCAGCCAGUGGUUCUCUUGCACCGCACCUCUGAUGGUUGAAAAGGACUGUUCUCAAACAAGCAGCGCGUGUGGUUCUCAGUGGAGAGAUUCGCUCAGUCUCAUUUGAGGAUCGCUCCAGUAUUUUGCCGAAGAAAUUAACUAGCUAUUUUUAUGUGCAUAUUUUUGUGUAAAUCGAUGGACUCAUUUACUCUAUUUUAAUUAUAUUUCUCUGGCGUUGAAGCCUAGACAUUCGGAUUAUGUCUCACUCACUCACAAACACACGCAUACACUCUUUCUCUCUCACACAGACACACACAGUGCAAUAUUUGGACUGACGGAAUAAUAAUGCUAUCUAUCUACUAUACUCAAUUAUACAUUUCAUGAUGCAUUUUAAGGAGAAAUUCAUAAUUCACUAACUUUUAAUUUUAUUUUAAUAUAAAAUUAGGUGUAAUUAAAAUUUGUGAUAUAUCGCUAACUUAACAAGGAUUAUUUUCAAAUACCUUGAAUAAAAGACAACUUAUUUAUGCAUGCAUGUAAAUUUUCCUUUUUUUAUCAUAUUGGCUAGUGCUGACAUUGGCGUGUAGAUGUUGCAUCGAUUUCUGAAGUACAGAGUUUAAUCUUGAA